AUGUUGGGGUGGAUCACCGGGCAGGAAGACCAGGUCGCAGACAACUCCAGGGCAGCAGAACCGCCCGAGACGCCCGCGCCCGUGUUUGCGAUCCGCGCCUUCAAGAGCGCCCUGUUCGGCACCCCGGGCCCCGAUGACGACCAAACAAGCGACCGGCCACUCCAGACAAAGAACCCGAAUCCCUUCGCCAAUCAGCGCAUGAGCGAUAACCUUGUGUUGAAGCCGUCCGCCGGAACCGCGAGAGAUGCUCCCAAGGCCAUGAAACCCGACGACGCCGACCUGACCAUGAACGCGAUGGCCUCCCCCACAAAGAGCAUCCUCGUGACCCCCGGCACCGCCUCCAACCGCCGCAAAACCGUAUCUUUCGGCGACAGCGUCGUCGACAACGAACGCAAACGCGACCAACCAUCCACGAAACCCGCCAACACCCCCACCUCCUCAUCCAGCAACUUCAGCAGUCAGUGGUCCGCCAACUCAUCUGACGGGAAAUCCAAGCCUCGCAGCAAACUCACCCAGGCGUUGAUGGAUUCGCGCGACAGGUCCUCCAAGGGCCCCGAGCUCUUCUCGCUGCAGGAUGCCGGGCAUAACCCCCCGCCCGGACUCGCAUCCAAGACCGCGUCAACGGAACCCGACGACAACGAUGAUACCAUCAACUUGAACGAGCCGCGCUCUCAGUCCGGUAAGUACUGGAAGGCCGAGUUCGACAACUACAGGACAAAAACCACCUGGGAGAUCAAGAAGCUCAUCCAAUACCGCUCUGCCGCGAAGACGUACGCCAAAAAGAAGGACGACGAGGCUUCGCGACUGGCCGACAAACUGAAGGAUGAAGAGAUCAAGGUCGCCGAGAUGGAGCGCCAUGUGACCCAGCUGGCCUCCACCAUGGUCGGAGAGAGCGCCCACGCGGAUAAAGAGAAGCUGGUGCAGGACCUCACCAAGCAGACCGCAUUAGCCCUACAAUACAAACACCGGGUCAGCACCCUGCGCAGACUACUGGAACGGCACGGCGUCGUGGGCAACGAAGUCGAUGAGAUCGCCGAGCACUCCGAAAGCGAACCCGCUUCUGAAAAGACAGCACCGGAGCUUCACAAGACCCAGCAGGCACUGGAACAGGCAGCCGCCAAGAUCGAGGAGAUGAAGCUCCAGCAGUCGGACUUCAACAAGCUCAAAGAUCUCGCCCGCAGCUCCGAGCAGAAGGCCUCCGAGCUGCAGAAGGAGAACGCGUCUCUCAAACAAACCCUCGCUCGCGUGAAGCAGGAGAUGAGCAAAUAUGAAGGGCGGCGCAAGGAAAAGGAAGCUAAGCUCAAGCAGAGAGAAGCCAAACUGGAGACGCGCAUCCAGGAAUACCGGGAACGGUUGAAAACCGCCUCCCAGCAGCACCGCGAGAAUGAGGAGGACCUGAAAGAGUCUUUCAACGAAGAGCGCCAUCGCAUGCAGGAGCAGAUCGACCAGCUCAAGAUCAAACUCACGGCAAUCGAAAGCCUCCCACACGUACAGGCUCGAACGCGCUAUUCCGACAGCCCUCGCAAGCAAUACACGGGAGUCCACGUCCACGACUUCGGACAAACGAGUCCUGGGAAAGAUCUCGAAGACGAAAACACAGCCGACAUCGAUGAGCCUCCCAGCCCCAGCCCACGCGCCAAGGACCGCCGCUCCUACACCUCCAGAUACAGCACUGGCACAGGGGACCUGGACCUGAAACGAGCCAUGAAAGCCAUGGGCAUCACCGACGAACACCAGCUCGCCUAUCUCGGCGAAUCCCUGAGACCCCCUCAAUCCCGGUACCUCGACCAGGACGAACCCACCAUGCCUCCCUCCCCGCCUCCUGACAACCUCCCACCCACCACCACUACUACCACUCGCACGCGUCCCAAACAGAAAUACGCCACAGAGAGCUACCGCAGCCUCUACACCUCAACCAACCCAACCGCCCCCGCCACAACCAUGACCUCCCUCGCCCACCACCUCGCCAACAAUCUCGACGACAGCCAUCAUGGCCAUGUCCACGGCCACGGCCACCCCCGUCCCCGUCCCCGCCGCUCCCCCUCCAAAUACACUCUCGACGCGGUCUCCACCCUCCCGGACUCGCACGCCCUCGACCGCGCCAAGCGAAAACAAAGUCUCGCCGCCGUCGUGCACCGAGACUCCCUCCCCAUGGACCGGAAAAUCCAGGCCCAGGCCCGUCUCAAGCAACGCAAAGAUGACUCGCGCAAAGGCAAGGAGAAUAUAAAGUCGUAUACGAGUCAACCGUUGACGGUUCUCGAUUAA